AAACCUAACAGAUAAGGUACUAUACAAACAUCUUACCGCCCAAUGGAUAUAAAAAAUAUAUUUUAACCUCAUUAGUAGGUACUGUAUUAUUAUUUAUUAGAGUUAAAAAUAUUGUUUCAAAGAAACUAAUACAAAAUGUUCAAAAUGCGUUUCUAUACAUUUAUUUUGUUUUUGGCGAUUGUAAUAAUCUCAUUUCUCAAUGAAACAGAAGCGAGACGAAAGAUCCUUAGGGGAAGAAAAACAAUUACCAGGACAUAUUACAAAUCUUUAGGAAUCCCUGCUUGGUUGUCAAUCACAUUCACUGGACUCAUCAUAUUAGGGAUUUCAGGAAUAAUUUUUGCUGUAUUGCAAAAAUUUAUUAUAGUUAACAAUCAACCUCCACAGCAAACGCCUUCCUCGGUGCCACUCACCACAUCAUCUUAGAACUAUUAAAGUGUUAAUCUUCAAAAAAAAUUUAUAGUUUUAAUAAUUUUAAGUAAGACAAAAUCUAUUAAAUCUAUCUUUUAGUUUUGCUAAAAGAUAUAAUUAUAUUAUUCUAUAAUAAUUUUAUAUAUGAAGUACAAUACAAUUUUAACUAGGAAUUAUUAUUAUUUGUAUGGUAAAUUUUUUUUUAUUUAAAAAUAUAAUUCAAGAUAAAUUUUU